AUGGGCGCAGCAGCCGAGUCCUUCCGUCAAGCGCUACGUCAGGCACGGCAUCCCAUUGCCCUUGCAGGAGCUGGGCUGAGCGCUGCGAGUGGCAUCCCAACCUUCAGAGGAGCUGGUGGACUGUGGCGCAAACAUGAUGCACUGUCGCUAGCAACACCUGAAGCAUUUCAAAGAGACGCAAGCAAAGUCUGGCAGUUCUACCACUAUCGUCGAUCCAUCGUACUCUCGGCCAUGCCCAAUGCAGCUCAUUUGAGCAUAGCGAAACUGCUACUUAGCUUUGAAGCGCAGCAAGAUUGCGUGCACAGCCGAGUCAUGCCGAGUGCUGAAUCAUUCCACCUCAUCACACAAAAUGUGGACGGCUUGUCCAGUCGAGCUUUGCAAGAAAUCCAGCCAUCGCACAACAAUGUAUCAACUGACACGGCACAAUCCUCGAUCAUCGAGAUGCACGGAAACCUCUUCAAGACGAUUUGUACAAGCUGCGGCGAUUCUCGUAUCGACAUGCGCCAACCUCUCAGCGACGCACUCUGCGGCACCGAAGAUCUCUCUGGCGAGUUGAAAUCGAUCCCCAAAAGGCAGCUGCCACGCUGCACUAGGUCCGAAUGCAACGGCCUUUUGCGUCCCGGUGUGGUCUGGUUUGGCGAAUCGAUUCCAGAGCUAGAUCGCAUCCAGUCGCUCAUCUCCCGCUGUGACCUUAUCCUGGUACUUGGCACCUCUUCUACUGUCUAUCCUGCUGCCGGGUUUGCAGAUGUUGUUAAACAUGCUAGUCAUGGGCAGGUAGCAGUGUUCAACAUCGAAGACGCUUACACCACAGACGGCGACAACGCUGAUUGGUACUUUGCUGGCCCAGUGGAACAGCUUCUUCCAGAGGUGCUUGGCCUUUAA